GGUGAUAGUGCUGGUGCAUUAAUCUCUGCAUCAAUAUGUCAUACAAUAAAAAAUCUUGAUUUUCAAAUUCUUAUUAGUGGUCAAUUUGAUUUUUUUCAUAAAUUUCCAUCACGUCAAGAAUUUAAUAAUCCUAUUUUUAUUAUAUCAAUUGAUGUACUUGAUUGGUUUACUUCAAAUGCUUUACGUAAUGAAGAUGAUAAAAAUGAUUCAAGAUUUUCAAUAUUACUUAAUAAAUCAUUCAAUUCAUUACCAACAUGUUUAUUCAUUGUUGCUGAACUUGAUCCAUUACGUGAUGAUAGUUAUAAUUAUCAAGAGCUACUUGAAAAAUCAGGAGUGAAAACAAAACUUGUUCUAAUUAAAGGAGUUAUUCAUCCAUUUUUUAGUAAUCCUGGUAUAUUUAUUAAAUCAUGUCAACAAUUUAAAUGUAAGGAUCCACGAUUAAGUGAUGAAGCACGUACUUAUACGAUGUUUAUAUCAGAAAAUUUUCCAGCACCGGCAAAUUUAACAUUACAAACAAUGCGUGAACGAAGUGCAAAUGUACAUGUAAAAGUUAAUGAAAAAUUUAUUGGAACAUUUAAAGGUAUUGAAGAAGAGCAAAAAAUAAAAAUAGAUGAAAAUACAGAAAUUCCAAUUACAAUUUAUACACCAGUUGAUGUUACAAAAAAUAAAAUGGUUAUAUUUUUUCAUGGUGGAGGUUGGACAUUAGCAAGUCGAAAAACACAUCAAACUAUUGUUAAUAUGCUUGCUGAGUAUUU